UUCCAUUCCACCCUCACAGAAAUAAUGAGGUGUUUUAAAAAAGAAAAUGAUUCAAUCGAUUUUGAGAGUUUAAUUUUCAAAGCAGUACAGGAGUAUAACAGUUCAAUUCAUUGCACUACCAAGAAGAAACCAAUUGAGGUAUUCUUCGGAACAAGAACAAUAACAGAUCCACAAGAAUUAGAACAAGCUAGGAAUCAGAUCAGCAACGAAAUAAAAAGAAAACAAGAGGAAGAUUUAUUAUACCACAAUUCAAAAAAGAAACUAAUAAGAACUUAUACGAAAGGAGAAGUUAUUUACGUCAGAAUAGAUAAAAGAUUUUUCUUGCCGUUAUGUCACGGGUUGGCCACAAUCUUAGACUAUUCAAAUUCCCAGUUGAUUCCUAUCAAGACUGGAGUAGCAGCAAUUCAGAAUGGCGCAUUCAGAGUAAUCCAUGUUUUCAAUAUAGAAGAAUACGAAAACACUGCAUGGAAACUAGAAGAAACAUUGAAAAAUGUGAGCCAAAAUCAUCAGCUUUUCCCAUUCUUAGAAUACGAACUUAGAAAAAUUAAAAUCGAUUUGCGUCGACUAAAACCUAAGAAAAGAACGACAAGAUCCUAGGAACAGCCUGGAAAUGGUUGGCCGGCACGCCGGACCGCAAUGAUCACGAAAUUGUAACAGCUAAAAUAAAUGAGCAACUUGAAAACAACAACAGACAAGUUGUAAUAAAUAAAGAAUUAAACAUAAGAAUAAAUGAACUAAGCAUGAGAUGUAAUGCUAUAUUAAAAACAACUUUAGAACAUAAGGAAUUUCAAGAACAAAUAAUAUCAGUUCUAAAAUACAAAAUUCAAAUUUUUAAAGAUGAAUUAUACAAUCUUAUACACGCAAUUGAAUGGGCAAAAACUAAUACAAUAAACUCUAUAAUAUUAUCAGAACUAGAAAUAAGUAAAAUUGAACAAAUACUAGAAAACGAAAAAAUAAUGUUUGUAAACGUUGAAGAACUAUUAGAAUUUGCAAAAUUAAAAAUAGCCUCAAAUGGCAAAGAAAUGUUGUACAUGGUAAGCAUUCCACUGUUAGGAAAUCAACUUUGUACCGCAAUGAAAAUAAAACCAACAAAAAAAGACAAUGUUAUAAACGUAAUUAAGUAUGAAAAUAUUAUCAAAUGCAAUAAUGCUUUGUACGCCCAGAAAAAUGAUUGCGAAUCCCAUAACGAUAAAAUCAUUUGUCAUAGAGAUAAUAUCAUAGAUUUAAGUAACGUUACUUGUAUAACUCCUUUGUUAAACCACUCAAGACCCUACUGCAAUACAGUAAAUAGCCAACAUGUUCCAGACCAUGAAGAAAUUUUGACGGGUACAAUUCUGUUAAACGACUACACUGGCAGCAUACAAAUAGACCAAGAUGAAGUAGAUCUGAAAGGAAGCUACCUCAUACAAUUCGAAAACUCCACAAUAAGAAUUGGCGAUGACGAAUAUGAAGCUGGCGAGGCAAGAUACGCAGAAGCGAUUCCACCACUCUUCCAGAUGAUGGCAGAAAAAACCAAAGCCGAGGAAGUACUAUCGCUACAGGUGUUAGGAGAACUUAACAUCAACAACACUCGAAGACUGGAUACCCUACGAACUAACAACUUUAAGGCAAAUUCCAUCAGCUUCGCACUUUCUGGCAUAUUGGUGAUAACUUUCACUAUACUGGCUAUAUUGGUAUGGAAACUCAAGUCCACUCCAAGAGCAGAAAAAACCACAGAGAUACAGAAAGGCGAAACACCAAGCAAUGGAACCCAAAAACGCUUCUACAUUGCGUCCGAAGACGUACGCGUUUAAAGGGGGAGGAGUUAACACCAGAGUUGGUUGCACCGAACUAGAAGUUACGGAACACCGCAGCGCAUAACCAACGACACGUGCGCAGCGUCAGCUAUAUUUCGGUCACUAACGUCUGGGAACCAGACAGUAACCCGAUCCUCUAAAAAGUUAGCGGAAACGGCAACGACAACAACAACAGCCACGAGCCAGCAAUGGUAAUUGCAAUGACUGCAAUUACAACGGAAACGGGAGCAACAACAAAGUAGCAUUGGGUACGACGGAGCAGCGCCGCCAGCAGAACAA